AUGGCCCGACCGCGGAUCUACAGCAUCAUGUACCACAGGGCCUACCUGGAAGUGAUCGCAGAGCCUGUGGAAGUGUGGCAGGGGAUUUGCGCCGCUGUGCGGCAGCACAUGGGGCCAGUGCCGCUGCAUCUUUUUCUGGACAGCACAUCCUUGGCAGACGUUUUGGCCUGGGAGAACGAGUUGCGCCGGGCUGCUCGGAUGGCUGCAAGGGAACAUGGUCCAUCAGAUGACUGGGCCUAUCUUCUGUCAGAUCGUGAGCAGAGGUCACUGGCAGAGUACCAGAGCCUAUGGCAAGAAAAGCGAGGUGUGGACAGCGGCAGCGAUGACGCCGCGGUGUUCGACCUGUCCCAAAACGCGUGGUCCAUCUGCUCAUGGACGUCAGCCAAUGGCUGCCUCCCAACAUUCCGGCGAAAUUCCCGCCUGUGGCUGGCACGCAGAAAGCGCUUGCUAUGCCCAGUAGAGGUUGCCAAGUUGAUGGGCUUUCCAUCAGGCUCAUCACAUUUUUCUCAGAAGACACCUGGCAAUGCCAUGAGCUUACAGACAGUGGGCUUGGCCAUCAUGACAGCCCUCCUGUGCGCGCGAGAACUGUAG